AUGGAGUCUGUCUAUUCAUAUGGACUGUUCAACAUCGCCGGUGCAUCAGCGACGGAUAGCCAGGAACGGCUCUUCAGACCAAGAGACCCCAUGCCAUUCUCACCCAACUUUGCAUGCACAUCUUGGAGAGGGAAGAAGGUCGAAAUGGUCUGGUACGAUGAUAUGGACGGGAAGCGAAUUCUGGAGGUCGAUGAUUCCUCUGACGAGUCCCUCUUCAAACGAGGCUGGGGUUUACAGAAGAGAUUCCUGUCCAGGCGGAACGUCAUCUUCACCAAGAGCCAGAUCCAUUACCGCUGCGCCGAAGAGGCUUGCGGCGAGCCGCGACAAAGAGAGAGCAUGAUUCUCGCGCAUGAAAUCGCUGGCUCACGAAAACUGCGUGGAGGCUUGGGAAACCGUCAUGGGCCAGUACAACGACACGGCUAUCGCGAAGCACGGAGACAGGCUGGUCGCAUUCUCGGCAUUCCCGCGGUCCAUCGGGCCCCCGAGGAAAAGCAAAUACCUGGCCGGGCUCUGGGACCACACGUUCUUCAACGAUAUGGCGUGGUGGUCGGCCGACCCGAGGCGGCGCCCGCAGCAAUACGUCGCGCCGACGUGGUCGUGGGCCCCGGUGCGACGUUCGCAGAACGUGGAUCUUCUCCUGAGCAACCCGCUGCGCCCGGUCCUUCUCAAGGGUUUGCGACGUUUCUGGGUGCUCACACGGAACCCUGCGGGGCCGACGAGUUUGGCGAGAUCGAAUACGGCUGGGUAAGGAUCAAGGCGCGGGUAGUCUGCUUGGGCCAGAAUAUGCCAGUGAGCCUGUCGGAUCUGCUGCAAGGCGCCAUCAAACCAUACAUGAUGAAGACGGCUGCGAAUGUGAGUCUGGAUCACGACCCCUGGUACGAUGCAGGUGGAACGUCUAUGUAUUAUCUGCUAGCUCUAUCUGCCAGGAGCUGCUGGAAUGAUUCCCGCUCGCUCGAAUCUCGUCAGGUAAUCGCGACCAUCCUCGCUGCUGUAACUCCCGCUAUAGGGUUGUUCCAGCGUGUCGGUCUUUGCGAAUUCUGGUGCCUUGACGAGGGUAGGAGGGACCUGGGAGGUUUUAACCCCGUGAACGCCUGGUUGAACGGAUUCAAGAAAGCUGUGGAGCGACUUGAUGGGGAGGAGAUUCCGUCGCAUGAACGGUGUGCGGAUGGGGAACACAUUAUCACCAUCAUCUGA